AUGUCUACUAAUCCUGGAAGUUUUGCCAGGGACAAUGAUACUACCUAUCUCGAGGCGAUAGCCAUUGCCGGGAUCAUAAUGGGAGCUUUGGUUGCUUUGGUGAUACUGAGGUUAUUUGUGAAUCUAUGCAUCGAUGUGGUUAUUCUCGGGGAUUUGGAUUCCGCCAGGAGGUCACUGGGAUCGCUGGUACGGCGAUUUUGUCCGUGGUGGCAUCGAAGGACCCAACCUGAAGAUACUUCUGCAGAAACCAAUAAUGGUAACUCUAACGACCGAGAACAGCAGAUGAUGGAGUUGGGAAACACUCCGCGGAGAUUUCAGUAUUCCUUGGACGAAAGAAAGAAUAUCAUUGCCACCAUCCUUCAAGGAAGGACGCUUAAGAGUGAAGAUAUUGAAAAAUUAAAGAGUGACGAGCCUGAGCCUAGUUUUAUGAGUGAAGGGUCAGGGUCUGGUGGUGGGAAGAUUUGUUCCAUUUGCCUGGUGGAGUUUGCUGUUGGAGACACAGCGGUAACAGCAGAACGCUGUUCUCACACCUUUCAUCACAAGUGCAUAGUGGACUGGCUGGGCACGCAUCAGACCGAUUGCCCGUAUUGCAGAACGCAAAUGGUAUCACCAGAAGCUCUGGAAACAGCUGCCUCAUCUUCAAGUCUGUCUCAUUAUUUAUAG